CAUGUAUCUAUUUUUAGUGAAUUCAGAAGGUGUUCUUUUUCAAUAUUUUUUGACGUGGAUUUUUUUAUUUAUUCCGCCGAUAUGAUUAUGGGUGUUCUAAUUAUUUUCCUGAUGAUCUUUGUGGCAACACAUGCAGAAACAAAGACUGGUAAUUGUAAGGAUUUACUGGAGGGAUACCUGGCAGGACGACUGUCCUCAGAAGUAGGAGGAAAUCACGUGGAGGCGCUGAGGCGGGAGUUUAAGACAAGUCAAGAAAAAGCUAUCAGAACGAAAGAAAAACUAGAGGCUGAUAUUCAUACACUUAAAGCUACCAGGAACACAAGUGUUGUUUAUACCCGCUGGGGUAAAAAAGAGUGUCCGAACGGCUCUGAACCAAUACAUUCUGGAUACGUUGGUGGGAGUCAUUUUUCUCAUUCAGGAGGUGCUGUAGAGCCCCUUUGUUUACCUAGAAAUCCAGAGUGGGGUAUCUAUAAAGAUGGAACCAAGGGUGGAAAAGCUUAUAUAUAUGGGGCGGAGUACGAAACCAGUGAUCUUACUGGAUACAUGAGAAAGCUACACGAUCAUGAUGUUCCCUGUGCUGUUUGUCUCCGCCGAAAUAAAUCCGCCGUAAAAAUGUUUCCAGCGAGGAAAACGUGUUACAAAGGAUGGAAGCUCGAAUAUCGUGGUUAUCUUAUGGCGGGAUACUAUACUAACAGUGCAGGAUCGAAAUUCACAUGCAUUGACGCCAACCCAGACACCUUACAUGGAGGCCAUGCUUCAACGGAUGGUUACCUGUUCUACCUGGUAGAAGCACAAUGUGGUUCCUUAAAGUGUCCACCUUAUGUCAAUGGACGGGUGCUUGUCUGUGUUGUUUGUUCAAAAGAAUAGCUUAAAAAUAAUAAAUGUAAUAUCUGUCGCAAUUUGUAUUAAGAUUUUUUUAAUUGCGUAUUUAAUUUCGACGCGCUUCGCCAAUUGAGCGAGCGUGAAGUGUAAAUGUAUGAAUAAGUUUUGUUUGAUCACGUGAGGAAUUUGUUUUCUACAUUAGUGUGUUGACUGCAUGUUUUCUAAUCACGACUCAAGUUCAAACUACAUUGCAAAUGACUAAUUGAAAUAAACGACUGAAUUAUAUCAUAUACAUGAAAUGUCAAACCCACUUCAAAUUGUAAAACCCGCACUAAUUCCCAAUUUCU